CCCGGCCUCGCCGAGCUCUGUUCCUAGACUCUCACGCGUUCUGCGCCCUCCAGGGCGGCCGAGGCUCUGACUCGCCCACCCAGGCCUAGCCACCCCCCUCCCCAACUGACGCGACGAGAGGCGCUCUCAGAGGAGAAGGUCAAGUCCUCCGCGCCGGCCGGGUGCACGCGGAGCACAGGGUGCGCAGAAACCGCGCGGUUGCAGAGGCGGCGCGGGAGUUGCAAAGUCGGAGCGCGAGACUCCGCCACCGCGCGGCAGCCCCAGCAAAGCUAGGGCAGCGGCGGCGACCCCAGCGUGGCUCCCCCGGGCCAGGCCCGCCGCCCGGGAGCCGGGCCCGGGGGCCGAGGGAGGCCGGAGGCCGGCGCCCCUAUGCGCCGCCCCGCCGCCGCGGUGCCACAGCUAUGACCCUGAGCACGGAGAUGUCCGAUGCCUCCGGCCUCGCCGAGGAGACAGACAUCGACGUGGUGGGGGAGGGCGAGGACGAAGACGACGAGGAAGAGGAGGACGACGACGAGGGCGGCGGUGACCGGCCCGGGCUGGCUGUCCCCGCACAGCGGCGGCGGCGGCGGUCCUACGCUGGAGAGGACGAGCUCGAGGACCUGGAAGAGGAGGAGGACGAUGAUGACAUCCUGCUGGCCCCGCGGACAGGAGGUUCCCCGGCAGCUCCAGGCCCAGCCCCGGCAGUGGGCACCGGAGCCGGUGGGGGCGGCACCGCGGGCGCGGGCGGUGGCGGUGGCGGGAGCGCGGGUAGCGGCGCCAAGAACCCACUGGUGAAGCCGCCCUACUCCUACAUCGCGCUCAUCACCAUGGCCAUCCUGCAGAGCCCCAAGAAGCGGCUGACGCUGAGCGAGAUCUGCGAGUUCAUCAGCGGCCGCUUCCCCUACUACCGGGAGAAGUUCCCCGCCUGGCAGAACAGCAUCCGCCACAACCUGUCCCUCAACGACUGCUUCGUUAAGAUUCCCCGCGAGCCGGGCAACCCGGGCAAGGGCAACUACUGGACGCUAGACCCCGAGUCCGCCGACAUGUUCGACAACGGCAGCUUCCUGCGCCGAAGGAAGCGCUUCAAGCGACAGCCGCUGCUCCCGCCCAACGCCGCGGCCGCCGAGUCGCUGCUGCUGCGCGGUGCGGGGGCCUCGGGCGCCGCGGGAGACCCGGCGGCCGCCGCGGCGCUCUUCCCGCCGGCUCCACCGCCGCCCCCUCACGCCUACAGCUACGGCCCCUACGGCUGUGGCUACGGCCUGCAGCUGCCGCCCUACGCGCCGCCCUCCGCCCUCUUCGCGGCCGCAGCGGCCGCGGCGGCCGCAGCCUUCCACCCGCACUCGCCCCCGCCGCCCCCGCCGCCACACGGUGCGGCCGCCGAGCUGGCCCGGACCGCCUUCGGCUACCGGCCGCACCCGCUCGGCGCCGCCCUGCCCGGCCCCCUGCAGGCCUCGGCGGCCAAGGCGGGCAGUCCGGGCGCCUCCGCGCUGGCGCGCUCGCCCUUCUCCAUCGAGAGCAUCAUCGGGGGCAGCCUGGGCCCCGCCGCUGCCGCCGCCGCCGCCGCGCAGGCCGCCGCCGCCGCGCAGGCCUCGCCCUCGCCCUCGCCGGUGGCAGCUCCGCCCGCUCCCGGCUCCGCGGGAGGCGGCUGCGCGGCUCAGGCGGCAGUGGGCCCGGCCGCCGCGCUCACUCGCUCCCUCGUGGCUGCAGCUGCAGCCGCCGCCUCCUCCGUCUCCUCGUCGGCCGCCCUGGGGACUCUGCACCAAGGGACUGCCCUGUCCAGUGUGGAGAACUUUACUGCUAGGAUUUCAAAUUGUUAAUGACGCUAUGUUAGCGCGCUUGAGAAAGAGAAGGUAGGAAUCCCGGCUCUUUUUUUUUUUUUUUUUUCCAACUCGGUGGUUUGGUGUUUUGUUGGCUCCUACUGGCCCCUCUCGACCUCGCGCUCCCAUUUUCUCGGCUUCGGAUUCUCGGAUGAGACUUUGGCGCCCGCGCGGGCACGCUUUUUGGCUCUGCAGGUCCCUCUAUUUAUGCAAAGUCGUCCUAUUCUGCAGCCCCCUACCCAGGUUGGGGAGGAAGAGGGUGCCGGUGGGGAUUCUCCUUGUCCAGGCACUAGGGGCUUCCUUGACUUUUGGGCAAACUGAAAAAAAAAAAAAGAAAAGAAAAGAAAAAAAAAUCUAAGCCUUUUCUCAGGUUCAGGCGUUUAAGAUCAAUAACGUUCAAAUGAAUAAUAAUACAAAAACAGUAAAGGGCUUGAAGAAUGCCUUUUAUUUGAGGAUACUUGUUUGGUGUACUUUUUCAUGAAAAGGAAAAAAUGAUUAACAUGUUUACACAAGAAACAAAAUUCAAAGUUAUCAUUUCUUAUUUUAACCUGUGUUUUGUAUCAUAAUAGAUAUGCUGAAUUUUUAUUUUGUACUUACUGUGUAUUCUUUACAAGGAGUAUUGUAAAUUUUACUGGCAAUUAUUAUUGUACUAUUGUAAGAUUUUUACACUUUUUCAGAAAUAAAAUGCUUAAUUUUCAAAGUAAA